AUGUUAUAAGUUUAAAGAAUUUCUAGAUCAAAAAAGUCUAUCUCUUAAAGUCUAAUUCUUUAAAAUCAACCUCUAAAUGGACCUGAUAGCUCUGAAAAGGUUAAAGAGCAUUUUUAACAUUUAAGGUAAAAAUUGAAGGCAAUUCCUUAUGUUUCUUCACCUACAAUAUCUCCAAGAUAAUAAGGAUAACCUUAAUAAAGAAGAAGAAGAGAUAAAAAAGGAAAGAAAUUUAAAUAAUAGAAAACUAAUUUUUAAUUGGAGGUUUCUAAUACUAGUACUUCUAAUUCAGAUGAAUCUAUGAAUAAAGAUAUUAAAAAUGAAUUUUUGAUAGCAAAAGAUAAUUUGAAAAAGUUAUGCAAAUAACCUAAUCAUAAUAAAAAUAAUUCAUCCUUCAUAAAUUCACCAUUAUUUCAUCAAAAUAAAAAUGAAUCUUAAAAAAUUGAAUCUUAAGUGGUCACAUCAAAUUAAUUAGAUUAUGAAAGAGUUAACAUUAAUUUUGUAAAGUCUCUUGAACACAAUAAUGACUGUAAAGACAUAUAAGAAUAUUAUGAAGAUGGAAUUUUGA